UCCAGUCCCCUUCUCGGUGGGCACAAAGGCCACGAGCUCCUUGCAACGCCCACCUGAGCGGUUCACUCGCCUCGGCCUUGGAGCCAGAAUUGGCUGAGGUGACUGCGCGGGAAGGAUCCUCCGCGCUAAGGAGACUGGGGCCUGAACACCCACCGGGAUUGUUCUGUUUGGAAGAAAAGAGCUAUCAGUCAGGGCCAGGGAUUUAGCUCAGUGGUUCCGGCACCUGACUCGCAAGCGCAAGGACCCGAGUCCCAUACGAAAAAGAAAACAGUCCUCAGGCAGUGGACCUCUUACACGGAAGUGGUGGACCGGAAGUAGCGCCAUAAAGCGCUUUGGCGACCUCUCGUCCUCUGUGUAGGACCUGGGUCAGGAUCGUGCAGACACUGGUGGAGAAGAUGUGGACUGGCUGUUAAAUUUUAUGACAAAAGUGGGUGCAUUUCUGGAUUGGCAAAUUGUCGAGAAGAGGGCUGGAAAACGAUAAAUGGAGAAGAAAUAACCAUCAGUGAGCUCAGUAACUGUCCAAGACCACUCACUUUGGCCUCAUUUUGUCUGAAUUGAACUAUCAAAAGGCCAGAAGGUCCUUAGACUGUAAGUUUGAUGUGAAAUAAUUUCCAAAUAGUACAUCAUGGAAAAUCUUAAAAUACUUAAAGAAGAAAGGAGUUGUAGUUUUGAACAUCUCUGAAUAUAUUUUGGAUAAACCAUAGGUAACUUGGUUCAACAGUUUCUAAGGAGCAGGAACUUAACUUUUAUUGGACAGGGUCCUGAAAAACCUGUUCCACCCGGGAGAAGACGAGAUCUCACCGCAGUCAUGGCUUUCCCAUAUUACAGCAGUCUGACUCGAGCUCAGCUAACCUUUGAAUACCUGCACACAAACUCAACCACUCACGAAUUCUUAUUUGGAGCUCUUGCUGAACUGGUUGAUAAUGCAAGAGAUGCUGACGCCACUAGAAUAGAUAUUUAUGCAGAGAGGCGAGAGGACCUUCGAGGGGGAUUUAUGCUCUGCUUUUUGGAUGACGGAGCAGGAAUGAAUCCCAGGGAUACUGCUGGUGUUAUCCAGUUGGGGAAGUCAGCCAAACGGACACCUGAGUCCACCCAGAUUGGGCAGUAUGGGAAUGGGUUAAAAUCUGGCUCGAUGCGCAUCGGGAAGGAUUUUAUCCUUUUCACCAAGAAAGAGGGUACCAUGACCUGCCUCUUCCUGUCUCGCACUUUUCAUGAGGAAGAGGGAAUUGAUGAAGUCAUAGUUCCAUUACCUACCUGGAAUGCUCAGACCCGGGAAGCUCUCACAGAGAAUAUGGAGAAGUUUUCCAUCGAGACAGAACUCAUCUACAAGUAUUCUCCCUUCCACACUGAGGAGGAAGUGAUGAGCCAGUUCAUGAAGAUUCUUGGGGACAGUGGAACACUAGUGAUCAUCUUUAAUCUUAAACUCAUGGAUAAUGGAGAGCCUGAGAUAGACAUAAUCUCAAAUCCAAGAGAUAUCCAGAUGGCAGAGCCUUCCCCAAAGGGCACGAAGCCAGAGCGCUGCUCCUUCAGAGCCUACUCGUCUGUCCUCUAUAUCGAUCCCCGGAUGAGGAUCUUCAUCCACGGGCACAAGGUGCAGACCAAGAGGCUCACCUGCUGUUUGUACAAGCCUAGGAUGUACAAGUACACAUCGAGCCGUUUCAAGACCCGGGCAGAGCAGGAGAUGAAGAAAGCAGAACACGUAGCGUGGCUUGCUGAGGAGAAGGCCUGGGAGGCAGAGAGCAAAGCUCGUUCCUUACAAGUCAGAAUAGGUGGUGCUAUCACACGGGACUCCAAGGUGCUGUUACAGCAGGUCCAGAACACGGCCAUCAACCUUCGCAGAGAAGCCGACAUCAAGAGAAGGAUCAAGGAAGCCAAGCAGCGAGCCCUUAAAGAACCUAAGGAACUGAAUUUUGUUUUCGGGGUCAACAUUGAACAUCGGGACUUAGAUGGCAUGUUUAUCUACAAUUGUAGCCGCCUGAUCAAGAUGUAUGAGAAAGUGGGCCCGCAGCUGGAAGGGGGCAUGGCCUGUGGUGGGGUUGUCGGCGUUGUCGAUGUGCCCCACCUGGUCCUUGAGCCUACACACAACAAGCAGGGUUUUGCUGAUGCCAAGGAGUACCGGUUCCUGCUGAGGGCCAUGGGGGAGCACCUGGCACAGUACUGGAAGGACACCGCCAUCGCUCAGCAUGGAAUCAUCAGAUUUUGGGAUGAGUUUGGCUACCUUUCUGCCAACUGGAACCAGCCCCCAUCCAAUGAGCUGCAUUACAGACACAGGAGAGCUAUGGAGAUCCCAGUCACCAUCCAGUGCGAUGUGUGUCUCAAGUGGAGGACCCUCCCUGUCCAGCUGGAUUCAGUGGGAAAAGAUUACCCUGACACCUGGGUUUGCUCCAUGAACCCUGAUCCUGAGCACGACCGGUGUGAGGCUUUGGAGCAAGAUCAGAAGCUUCCCCUGGGGACAUACAAAAAGGACCCAAAGACAUGGGAAGAGAAGCAAAAGCAACUGUCAGAGAAUAUUCGCCGGCAGCAGGAGAAGCUGGAGGCCCUUCAGAAAACCACUCCCAUCCGCUGCCAAGCUCAGUUGAAGAAAUUGCCCUUGGAGGUGACACUCAAACCUUCUUCCACGGAGGAACCCGGCUGGAGACGGAAGCGUCCUUUGUCACCACCUUUACCUGCUGUGAUCAGGAAUGCCCUGAGCAGACCGUCUUCCCUAGUAGCUCCCAGAACAGUCGCCCAACCCCGGAAGUCUCCGGCCAUCAGCGGUCUCCCAAAGCUUCCUUCAUCAGAGGCCUGGGUAGAGCCCAGUACCUCCAGGGUGCUCCAGUCACCCGAGGCACCCCAAAAACCUAUGGUCACCCCAGUCAAGACUGCUCUGGUGCGGCCACUGUCAUCAUCUGUGCUGCCCAACUCCAAGAGCUCUUGGAAGGGCCCUGCACCCAAAGUCGUCAAGACUGCAGUGGUCAAGAAGUCAGAGCCACCUGAUGAACUCUUCAGGGCUAACACUGAUCGGCAGCAGAGUCUUCGGGUCUCUGAAGAGGCUGGGAGAGGGAAGAAGAGGCGCAAACGGAGCAAAUUUGCUGUGAAGCAGGAAAAAAAGAAAUCAAAUGAGUUCUCAGACAGUGCUGCAAAAGAGGACCUAGCUGGUCUCAAAAGGGAGCGGGAAGACGCAGGGCUUGGCGUGGAAGCACCUGUGAACAGGGCGUGCCACCCAGGCCCUGUCAGAGCCACAGAGGUGGGUGAGAAUGUGGCGUGCUGGGAGGUGGGGUCUGACCGCGUGCCCGCAGGUGCAACUCCAGAAAUCCACUGGGGAGAGAAAAGUAGCGGUGAUGUGCGGCCGAUGAAACCGCCUUUUCCGGAACGUCAACCCCCCACCCCACAGCUGAAGGGUAAGGAAGGAGAAAAGGCUGUAGCGGCUCAGCAGGCCGUAACCAGCGCAGAGCCUUCUACCCCAGACAGCAUCCUCAUCAAGCCAGGCACUAUUUCUGCGAGUACCAAGCGUGAAACUAUUGAUCGCCUGGCCCGGAUUCUCCAGGAUUGCUUACAGUAUUUCUGGCCUCCAACUUUUCCCAUGUCCAAGAAUGAGCUGAGUACUAUGAAUGUAGACAAGCUGACAGCUUUUCCCCUGGAAGAGUACUUCAGCCAUUAUAAAGUGCACUUGCAGAACCUGUGCCGUUCCUACGAGAGCCACUGCAACUCACAGGCCAGGGCCUUUGAGGAAAGCCUGCGUGGCUCCGAGAGGAAGCUCCAGGAGGCACAGAAGAAGCUGCAGACACUGAGGGCCAACAUCAUGAUAUUCCUGAAAAAGAACAGAGACCUCUACACAUGCCAGGAGCUGGAGGCCCACAUCAAACACCUGGGGAACUGAGCGGCUAGGACCAAAGAUCAACUCCCUUGCCCACCUGUUCCUUAACACAGUAGCUUCUGGAUGCCAUUUAUGGGUUGAUGGACUUGCGUUCCAUUUGAUUCGUAAGAGACAUGUGCUUUUGGAGAGAAAGAUACUUUGCGUCUUUGAAUCUUCCUCCCUAAAUUUAUAAAUAUCUAUUGCUUAAAAGAAAAAAUAACAAGUAAAAGUGUCA